AUGAAGCUCCUCGCUUCCCUCGUUACCGCUGUUGCUUUGAACGCUUCCGUUCUCGCUGCUUCUGCCACCGACUCUGCUGCCUUCACCCUUGAAGAGCGCGCUCCUCCCAAGCUCAACAGCACGCACGACAAGCUCUUCAAAGUCGAUGUUGCCGUAGCCAAAACCCAAGCUAAGAAAGCCGGUCUCACCACUGGUAAGAGCGGGGAACCUCACCGAUACUAUAACGGUGACCAUAUCCACUUUGGCGUCCACAACUGUGACAAGCGGGAUGCCAUUCUCUGGGAAUAUCCUAUUUACUGGGUUGACAAGAGGGCCGAGUGGGAAAAGGACGUCAAGACGACUUACCAGAAGGGCGGUCCUACCCCUAUUCGGGCGGUAUAUGCCAAUAGCAACGGUGGCAUUGAGUACUGCGGUGUCAUGACAUAUACCAUUGUUAAUGAUAAGAACCAGGGCUCAGGCUUCUUCACGAAAUGCUCUUAA